AUGUUAUCAAAUAGACUAAUAAUAAGUAGGGUGCUACCAACAUCAUUACAACUCACGGGCUCAGGCUCAGCAUCUUUCAACAAGUUGAUCGGUCACAACAACUUUUCAACAUCAUCUCCAAGCACAUCAGCUGAUUAUAAUGCAAUCUAUGAGAAACAUAAGAAGUUGGCGUCAAAGAGGAUGACUCAGGAAGAGAUCAUUGAUGUGAUAAAGAAUGAUACGUUGUUCUCUUGGAAUGCAACUGGUCCAGCUUCCGCAAGUGCAUUGGUGAUGGCCAAAGGCGAGGGAGUAUACUUCUACGAUCAGAAUGGAAAGAAGUUCAUUGACUUCAACUCACAGGCCAUGUGCUCAAACCUGGGCCACACAGUGCCUGAGGAGGUCAUCAAGGCUGUAAACGACCAGCUGCGUACGGCCGCCUACGCAUACCCAUGUGCCAUCGUCACCGAGACCAAGGCCAAGCUGUCGCAGCUGUUGGCCGACCUGUUGCCAGGUGACCUCGGACACCUCUUCUACACGAGUGGUGGCGCAGAGUCAAAUGAAACAGCCAUGAGGAUGGCCCGACUAAUGACUGGUCGCCACAAGAUCCUUGCGCGCUAUCGCUCUUACCACGGCGCUACACUUGGCGCCAUCUCACUCACUGGCGACCCCCGUCGCUGGCCUGCCGAGCCGGCUGCAUCUGGCGUCGUUCACUUUGUUGACCCCUUCCCCGUGUCGUUCAAAUGGGGCGACGACGAGGCAGAGAUCACCAAGCGCAGUCUUCAGUACCUGCGCGAGAUCAUCAUGUAUGAAGGCGGCAAGAACAUCGCCGCCCUGUUCAUCGAGCCGGUCACAGGCACCAACGGCAUCCUCAAGCCACCCCGCGGCUACCUUGAGGGCAUCAGACAGAUAUGCGACGAACACGGAAUACUCAUGGUGUGCGAUGAGGUCAUGAAUGGCUUUGGCAGGACCGGCCAGAUGUUUGGUUUUAUGAACAGCGAGGGCGUUGUGCCCGACAUUGUCACGAUGGCCAAGGGUAUCAACGGCGCCUACCUUCCAUUGGGCGCAGUGGCCUGUCGCGACCAUGUGGCCAACUUCUUCCGCGUCAACCCCAUUGGCAUUGGAUCGACUUAUAACUCGCACCCCGUCACCCUGGCAUCUGCCUACGCUGCCCUCCAGUAUUUCCUCAAGACUGACGUACUGGGCAACGUUAGGAAGAUGGAGCCCGUGCUCAUUGAGUGUCUCAAGGAUCUUAAGCGUCGCCACCCAACAGUCAAAGGCUUCCGCGCUCUCGGCCUGUUUGGCAUUGUGGAGCUGCAAAAGAACUCAAAGGGCGAUCCAUUCAUCGAGUACAAUGGACCAGCCCACCCAGCCAUCAACGCCUUCAAGGCUGACCUCGUUGGCAAUGGACUCUACACCCUCGCUCGCUGGAGCAGCUUCUUCACAAACCCUCCCUUAACCAUCAACGAGCAAGAACUCAAGCAAGGAUUCGACAUACUCGACAAGUGUCUAACAAACCUCGACAAGCACUUUGAGAAGUAA